UUUAGCUGUCAAAUUGCGAUUUAAAUGCAUAAACAAGUUUCAGAUCCAAUCUUUGCGUUUUCUUCCUCUCUCUUGUGCAUACGAUUAUGCGAUCCCAGAACCAGAAUUGCCUAGCAGAGUCUCAACCACGUAGCUGUCGCCGUUAAUCCGCCGCCCUCCCGUUGACUCGAUUUCUGGUUACGUUUUGCAAGGGGCAUUGAAGUUGGAUGACAUUUGAAAGGGAUAGAGAGACAAAGGAAGUGUUUUUUUUUAGUAGAGGAAGAGGGUGGCGAGGGUACAGAUGUUGGGGAGCCAAUCUGCAGAGCUCAGUGAGAAUGGGGAAGACAGAAUGGUCCGAGAAUUGUGCGCAAAUGGGAUAUGCAUGAAGACUAAUGAUGUUGAGGCAAAGCUUGACUUGGGAAAUAUUCAAGAGGCAGAAUCUUCAUUACGAGAGGGGUUAUCCCUUAAUUUUGAGGAAGCAAGAGCCCUUCUAGGAAGGUUAGAGUAUCAAAGAGGCAAUGUGGAAGGUGCUCUUCGUGUAUUUGAUGGUAUUGAUCUUCAGGCUGCCAUACAACGACUCCAACCCUCCCUUUCAGAGAAACAGAACUCUAGGAAGGGUCGAUCUCGCAGUGAUCCACAGCUCAAUGUCUCGCAGCAUGCUGCUAGCCUCGUGCUUGAAGCCAUUUACUUGAAGGCCAAAUCUCUUCAAAAACUAGGGAGGUUAAUUGAUGCUGCUCGUGAAUGUCAAAGUGUGCUUGAUGCUGUAGAGAGGAUUUUCCAUCAAGGCAUACCUGAUGUGCAAGUGGACACUAGAUUGCAAGAGACAGUUAGCCAGGCCGUAGAACUCCUUCCAGAGCUUUGGAAGCAGGCUGGUUGCUAUCAAGAAGCAAUAUCUUCGUAUAGGCGUGCCCUCCUCAGUCAAUGGAACCUUGAUAAUGAUUGCUGUGCUAGGAUUCAAAAGGGAUUUGCUGUGUUUUUGUUGCACAGUGGAGUGGAAGCUUCCCCGCCUAGUUUAGCUUCACAGAUUGAGGGUUCAUACGUACCUAAAAAUAAUCUGGAAGAGGCAAUAUUACUCUUGAUGAUACUUAUGAGGAAAAUUUUCCUUUGUAAGAUCAAAUGGGAUCCAUUAGUGAUGGAGCACCUUGUAUUUGCACUAUCUCUGUGUAACCAAACUUCUGUUUUGGCAAAGCAACUUGAAGAGCUCAUUCCUGGGGUCUUUCAUCGGGUUGACCGUUGGAAUACUUUAGCUCUUUGCUAUAGUGGAGCAGGACAAAACAAAGCUGCCUUAAAUUUAUUGAGGAAGUCUUUGCACAAACAUGAAAAGCCUGAUGACCUCAUGGCGCUUCUGUUGGCUGCCCAGAUCUGCAGUGGAGAUUCAUAUCUUGCUGCUGAGGGAGUGGGAUAUGCACAGAGAGCGAUUAGCAAUUCUCAGGGAAAUGAUGAGCAUUUAAAGGGCGUGGGUUUGCUUAUGUUGGGUAUUUGUUUUGGAAAACAAGCCAAGAUUUCUUCGUCUGACUUUGAGAGGUCACGGCUCUUGUCUGAAGCAUUAAAAGCAUUAGAUGGAGCAUCUACUAUUGAGCACAAUAAUCCAGAUGUUAUUUUUGAGUUGGGAAUUCAAUAUGCAGAACAACGGAAUCUAAAUGCUGCUUUACGCUAUGCAAAGCAGUUUAUUGAUGCAACAGGUGGCUCCAUGUUAAAGGGUUGGAGAUUGCUUGCUCUUGUAUUGUCAGCUAAACAGAGAUUCUCAGAGGCUGAGAUAGUUACUGAUGCUGCUUUGGAUGAGACUGCAACAUGGGAGCAAGGACCCUUACUCUGGCUGAAGGCAAAGCUAAAGAUCUCUCAGUCAUUACACAUGGAUGCUGCAGAAACUUAUGGUCAGCUUCUUUCUUUGGUUCGAGCCCAAAGGAAAUCUUUUGGUCCUCUUAGAAGCAUUUCUCAGGUCGAGGAUGAUAAAAUCAACGAAUUUGAAGUUUUGAAUGUUCUUGCCAAUUUAUAUUCCAGGCUUUCUCGUUGGAAUGAUGUGGAAUUGUGUUUGGGAAAAGCCAGGGAUCUGAAACAAUACUCAGCAGAACUGCUACACACAGAAGGCGUUAUGCUUCAAGGGCGUGGACAAAUCCAAGAAGCUUUGUGUGCUUACAUUAAUGCCCUUUUGGUAGAACCAUCUAAUGUGCCUUGCAAGAUACUGAUUGGUGCCCUGUUGGCCAAGAUGGGAUCUGAUGCACUGCCCGUGUCAAGAAGCUUACUAUCAGAUGCAUUGAGGAUUGAACCUACCAACCGAAUGGCUUGGUAUUACCUAGGGCUGGUUCAUAAGGACGAUGGACGAAUAGCUGAUGCCGCAGACUGCUUCCAGGCAGCUUCCAUGCUUGAAGAAUCAGAACCUGUUGAAAGUUUCGGCACUAUUAUCUGACGUCUCCUAUCCGUUAAAGCUGAAUUUCAUUCAUGUAAUUCACCAAUAUUCAUUGAAGGCCCAAUACCAGCGUAAGUUUUACGAAUAAGUCUGAUUUGCUGUUUCAGAUUUGUUUUGGUCUGCUUCGACGUGAUGAUGAUAGAGAAGUGCUUGGAGAAGAGUGAAGAGAUAAUCUUAUUGAGAUCAGUAAAAUAAGGGGGGGAAUAGAAAGGAAUAGGAAUUUGAAUAUACGAGACUUGGUUGUAGAAUGGAGAGUAUAGAGUUUAGAGUUUAGAUGGGUGGUGGUUGCUCUUGACCGUCUGAUUAUUCUAAAGUUGUUGCUCAGCCAUGUAAAUGUAUUCUUGUUGGCAAAUAUUCAUAAAUUAUUUAUUCAUUUUCAAGCUGUA